AUGGUUGAAAGUGCAAGAGAUAGGGUUCUUAUUAGGGAAUUCGAUUAUGGCAAAGACAUUGAAGUGGUGGGGAAGAUUGAGAAGAAGUGUGAGAUUGGAUCUAAUACUAAGGGGACCUCCAUUUUCACCAACAUGAUGGGUGACCCUUUGUUUAGGAUUAGGUUCUUUCCACUUCAUCUCAUGCUGGUAGCUGAGUUGCGAGAGAAUGGGGAGCUUGUCGGAUUUAUCAGGGGUUGCAUCAAGCAUGUCGGUACUAAAUUUGGAAACAAAGAUUUGAAGUUGGGUUGCAUUCUAGGCCUUCGAGUAUCUCCAACACAUCGGCGAUUGGGGAUCGGCUUGAAACUUGUGAGAGCAAUGGAAGAAUGGUUGAUAAACAAUGGAGCUCACUACACUUUCCUAGCAACAGAGAAGAACAAUGUGGCCUCUAGGAAUCUCUUCACUGCCAAAUGCGAAUACAGAAACUUAAGCUCACUGCUCAUACUUGUUCAGCCGAUAAGUUUUUCAAUGGAGGAUGAUCCGUCUCAAGAUAUCAAAGUGGAAAAGCUGAAUAUAAGCCAGGCAAUCACUUUGUAUGACAACAAGCUCAAAGGCAAAGACUUGUAUCCUACAGACAUUGAUGCAAUUCUCAAGGAAAAGCUUAGCCUUGGCACAUGGGUUUCUUAUUUCAAACAAGACGAAUGGAUUGGUCUACACAGUAAAGAAAAAGAUGGUGAUAUUAUCAGCACAAUCCCUCCUUCUUGGGCCGUGUUUAGCAUAUGGAACUCUUGUGAAGCUAAUAUAAAGAAACCCCAUUAUCCUUGUUUCAAGCUUCUUCAUGAAAUUGUGAACCAUGCGAGGGAGAAGAUGUUCCCUUGUUUGAAGAUUCCAAUGUGUGACUACUCACUUGAGAGACCAUUGGGUUUCUUGUUUCUUUAUGGGAUCCAUGGAGAAGGAGAGAGGCUUGGAGAGCUCAUGGAAUCUGCAUGGAGUUUCGCACUGAGAUUGGGUAAAGAUAUCCAGAAUUGCAAGAUGAUAAUUACUGAGUUAGGAGUGUCGGAUCCGCUUAUGGAACAUGUCAGCCAUGCAUCAUCAUCCAAGUCAAGGAUCGAUGAUCUUUGGUACUUUAAGAAGGCGAACGGCUCCAUCAAUGAUGAAGACCACGAGCUUGGGAUGAUGGGAAAUGUGGUUGUCGAUCCUAGAGACUUUUAG